AUGGACUCGGAACGUUUGGCUUUAUCGGAGGUGACUAAGCUGCCACCCUCCGUCGAGAUUCUUCUGCAGCCCGGACAGGGUUUCAUGGGCUUUCCUUCGUGUUUCGAGAAAGUGACAGCCGUACCCAGCUCCGAAGGAAACCAUAAUUUCUACCGGUUUACUCGUCUCGUCGAUAAAGUCAUCACAGACGCCCUUCUGCGUGCACGAGACUCCCUAGUGUUAUACGCGGACCUCGAGAUAGAUCUUCUGCGUCCUCAUGCUAAAUCAGAGAACAUUGCGCUAGGCCGGAAAGCCAUAAUUGCUCCUCUUCGUCAUAGUUCAUUAUGCUUCGUCGGAAACCGUACCACCGCAGGACUGCCCCCUUCCCUUGACGACAAGAUACCAGCAGUGCUCCGGCAGACUCUUUCUUGGGGCUCUUGGGACAAAUCUUUAAGGUAG